AUGGAAUUCAUCUGUUUCUCUAAAAGAAAACUCAAGUGCUCUUACAGCACAAUAAAUUUAUCUCUCUCUCUCUCUCUGGUGGCUUAUUGUUGCGGGAGGGGAUCGAGGGAUUCGAAUUCUAGAUCGGAGAGUGAGAGUGGGAAGAGGAGGAGUUCCAGUAGCUAUGAGAAGAAAGUGUAUGCUAACACUGCAUGUGACAGUGAUGGAACCAACGCUACCGAUCGAAGCAAACUCGUGCUUUUCGAUCGGAAAAAGCAGUUUGAACUUGAGGAUUUGCUUCGUGCUUCGGCUGAAAUGCUCGGAAAAGGGAGUAUCGGAACAGUGUAUAGGGCGGUGCUCGAUGACGGGUUUACGGUGGCGGUGAAGAGGCUGAAGGAUGCGAAUCCAUGUGCGAGGAAUGAGUUUGAACAAUAUAUGGAUGUGAUUGGGAAGCUUAAGCAUCCGAAUAUUGUUCGUCUUCGAGCUUACUAUUAUGCCAAGGAAGAGAAGCUUCUUGUGUAUGAUUAUCUCCCAAAUGGAAGCUUGCAUUCUCUUCUUCAUGGGAACCGGGGUCCGGGGAGAAUUCCAUUAGAUUGGACUACGAGGAUCAGCUUGGUGCUUGGAGCAGCACGUGGCCUUGCUCGGAUUCAUGAAGAGUACUCUGCAACAAAGAUCCCCCACGGGAACGUGAAAUCAUCGAAUGUACUGCUCGACAAAAAUGGUGUUGCUUGCAUUUCUGAUUUUGGGUUAGCAUUGCUUUUGAAUCCAGUUCAUGCGACAGCAAGGUUAGGGGGGUACAGAGCUCCUGAACAGGUUGAAAUCAAGAGACUUUCUCAAAAAGCAGAUGUUUACAGUUUUGGAGUAUUAUUGCUUGAAGUGCUUACAGGUAGAGCUCCGUCGCAAUACCCUUCACCGACACGUCCCCGAGUGGUGGAGGAGGAAGAGGCAGUAGACUUACCGAAAUGGGUGAGAUCAGUGGUGAGAGACGAGUGGACCGCGGAAGUGUUUGAUCAAGAAUUGUUGAGGUAUAAGAACAUAGAGGAGGAGCUUGUGGAAAUGCUUCACGUUGGGUUGGCUUGUGUGGCAGCACAGCCCGAAAAGAGGCCGGCGAUGGUGGAGGUGGCGAAGAUGAUAGAGGAAAUCAGGGUGGAGCAGUCUCCGAUUGGCGAAGAUUACGACGAAUCACGACACACACAACCUUCUAACCAAGAAACAAAUGGGGUUGAUGUUGGUCUUUUGGGUGAAAAGAAUAAUUUUUAUUUGGACAUGGAAAUAGGUGAUGACAUUCUGUCACAUAUUGAUCUUGGGUCAUAUGGUGGGGUUAGAACUACUGUUGGUGAAAGUCAUGUCCAGAGGGAUGAUUUAGGCUUAGGUGAAACUGAGGGUCACAUGAAUGAAAAUGAUACUGAGUGCCAGAGGGAUGAAACUGAUACUGAGGGCCAGAGAGAUAAGGGGACUAGAAGAGCACAUGAUUCUGAUUUGGAUAAAAGUGACUAUGAAGGUUGCAUAGAUGAUGAAUAUGGCAUAUGUAUUGAUGAUGACAAACUAUAUGAGUCUAACAUAGAUGCAGAUGUUGAAUGGUCUAGGGUGCAACAGAUUGUGCAAGGAGAAAAUUGGGAUGCUGAGGUCUUGAACUUUAAUGAAGAAGCCGAGGAGAGUGACAUUAACUCUGAUUAUGGGGACUCAGAUGAGUAG